UUUCAUAUUUGGAUGAACUCCGCCUAUUGCCUGCAUCUGCAGCACAUGAACUGUGAUCAUAAGAGGUCAGUUUGAGGUCUUUCUCAUGGGUGUGUUUGGUCAAGAGGUUCUCACAGUUCUCUUAUGAAAGCGAGAGCACUGAAAUAUUCAGGCCUGGUGGAUUUAGGAAGGAAGUUUUCUCCUUCCUCACAUUGUGAGCCGCAGGAAGGGGUGGCUGUCACCCACUGACAGACUUUUCCUCCUGAAUAGCACACAGUGCCCUGCUCACGGGCCGGGCAGACAUUAGCAUAGCUGACUUCUUCAAACCCUUCGCUCAGCUAGAGUUCUCUUUUUAGGUGUAGCUGUUAUCAUGGCAACCAGUGCAGUCCCUAGCGACAACCUCCCAACGUAUAAAUUGGUGGUUGUGGGAGAUGGAGGUGUGGGAAAGAGCGCUCUUACCAUCCAGUUUUUCCAAAAGAUUUUUGUGCCAGAUUACGACCCUACUAUCGAAGACUCCUACUUGAAACACACAGAGAUCGAUGGCCAGUGGGCUAUUUUAGAUGUUUUAGACACGGCUGGUCAAGAGGAAUUCAGCGCCAUGCGAGAGCAGUACAUGAGGACUGGUGACGGUUUCCUCAUUGUGUUCUCCGUGACAGACAAGGCCAGUUUUGAACACGUCGACCGCUUUCACCAGCUCAUACUACGAGUCAAAGACCGGGAAUCCUUCCCUAUGGUGUUGGUGGCUAACAAAGUGGACCUGGUGCAUCUGAGGAAAGUGACAAAUGAACAGGGCUGUGAGAUGGCCGCCAAACACAAUAUUACUUACAUUGAAACAAGUGCCAAGGAUCCUCCAAUGAAUGUGGACAGAGCCUUUCACGAAUUAGUCAGAGUUAUCAGACAGCAAAUUCCUGAGCGGAGUCUAAAAAAGAAGAAGAAGACAAAGUGGCGUGGAGACAGAGCCAUGAGUUCCCACAAGCUUCACUGUGUGAUAUUGUGACUACCUCUCAUCUUCAGCGUUUGGCAACAUAAACUGCCAGAGAGGACUGACUAGAGAUCUGCACUAAUCAGAGGACCACAGACUUUAUCAAAAGAACUGGCAUGAAGUCAGACCAUCACUUCCUGUCUCAGGGAAGCAUAUUAGGUGAGUCAAGGGAUCGCUGCAGCCAGACCGAGGAGGAGCAAUCAGUAAAACACGUCUGAUUUGAAGCGCUGCCUGAAACCAGAAAAUCACAGCCAAGCAGAAAAUAUCUAAUAUUAAAUAUAUGACGUGGGAUAAAAAUUUUAGACCAGUGAGAUUGCGCAGUGGGCGGAGCUAGAAAGAUCCAUCCAAACCUGAACCAUGCACCGCGGUCAUUCACGUACAUACUUAUCCAAAUUGCCUGCAGCGUCCACACAUUCAUAUAAUUACGUGGAUGAUUGUUUUGCAGAGCUGUCUGAACAUUGUUUUCAGUCGUUACAACAGUUAUGAAGGGAUAUUGUUGUUUUAACCUUCAAGGAGGACUAAAAUCUGCCUUAAAUGCAUAUUUAUUGACACAUUUGAAGGAAUAUGUAGCUGUAGUAGAACUUGUCUGUAGAAAACAUUGAGUGUUUGAUACGUUGUCAGUAUGGCCUUUACCGUUAAGCACAAAAAGUACUGACAUGAUUGAAGGCCCAUUGCACUAGCAGGAUUUUUGCACUUUUAGUAGUUACUCAUGGGCUUUUGCUGUUUAAAAUUUGCCUUCUGAUUUCAUGUUUUUAAUUCUGUUGCGUACUUGCAGUACAGAUGCUCUAAGCCAUUAUUAGACAUUUUUAUUUUAAUGAAAUUAUUAUUAGAUGUCAAUGAAAUAUGCCCUGAGAAAUCACAUUUACGUAUACAGUGUUCAAAAUAUACAAUACCAUAUCAUGUAAAAGUAACAUGGUUUCAUCACAAGCUAAAAAAAUUUGGCUUUGCCAUUAUAGAAACAAAUUCCACUUUAAUAUCUAUUUCAUAUUGUAAUAAUAUUUGUUUUUCGGUUUUUUUAUGCAGCCUUGAUGACCGUAAGAGGCUUCUCGCGAUUUCGACAUUUUAAACUCUAGUGCACCUUUUGUUUUUCUACAUAUGCUGUGAUUCAGUGUUGCCAAGAGUAAAAAGUGAAAAGUAUGACUGAGCUGUACAGAUGGGUUAUAUUUUAUGCUUGAUCAACUUUCAGUAUUUAUCAAUUUGUCAAACCUCCUGUGCCUCAGUUUCCUCUGUGUCGGACCAAUUUAUGUGCCUGUGCCAGUGUGAUAAUAAUCAAUUUCUAACCACUGGUUCCUCUGACUCUUCCCAAAGGACAAAGAAGCUGUUAGAACUAGAAGCACGGGAGCCCUUAGCCAAAUGUUAUGUUGUAAUGUUCAAUAACUCUCCGCUCGACACAUAAAUAAAUCAGCGAGGAGCCGCAUCAAACCUUGCUGUUAUCUGUUGAAUGAGGAGGUCUUGGUUGAUUUAGUUAUUUUUGCGAAACGUUAGGUCUAAUGAGCUAGAGAGUGCAACAUGUCUGGAAGCUCUGUAAGAAUUAGUUUAAUGCUGACAGAGAUUCAUUUCCACGGUGUAUUAGACGCUCCAAGUAAAAUCACGGCAUUCUAACAAUGCAUUUGAUUUUGGUCUCCUACAAAUAUUGUAACUUUUUUUUUUUCUUUUGGUUGGUGAAUUACAUAAACACUUCACAAUUAGAAUAUAAACCGGUGUAGCAGUUUGAGAUCAGAGAUCAUAGAGAUCAUAUCAAUCCAAUUCCAUCUUGCUGUAUUAUACGAUAUAAUAGAUCUAGACUUUGUUGAGAAUUCAUCAUCGUUUACAUGCACUGCUAGUAAAUGCGGAAGGGAGCUGUUUUGCAUUCAGAGGUCAUGAAGGGCCUAAUGGGUUUUUUUCUGCUCUGUUGCUGUUUUUUUUUUAAUGAUGAAUUAAUGCAAAGAUUGGUGUUGUGUUACAUGUCAGCUGUUUUACAAUGCUAAUGUUUAUUUAAGUUACAUCUCAAUCAUAAUGAACAUUUGUUGUCAGGUUGGUUAUUGCAGUGCAACAAACGCUUUGUUUUCUGUUUUUUUCACCAUGAUAAGAUUGUUUUAAUAUGCAUGUCAUUGUGAUAAAGCUGCUCUGCUUUGUUUCAAGUGACUCCGAAGUAAAUGACUUGCCAAGUUGCCUUGGGUGGUUUAUGAUGGGUUUUUAAAUAAAAGAUUCUUCAUAUA